AUGUCGCACUGCGAUACUCAUCUUAAGAAACCUAUGAGUUCCUUCCUGAUGUGGUUGAAUUAUUCGGGACGAGAGCAGAUCAAAACGGAGAAUCCGGAUUUAAGUGUCAGGGAAGUGUGUGUUAAGGGCGGUGAAGUAUGGCGCGGUAUGACGAUUGAGGAGAAGUCCUAUUGGCAGGAGUCGGCCAACGAGGCCAUGGGAAAAUAUAAAGAGGUUAAGAAGUUGCAGAAGAGCCAAAGAGAGUUGGAAUUGAAAACCCAAUUUGGUGGUAACGUGGAUGGGGAUGAAGAUCAAUCAAAGGAGCCCAAACUCUAUGUGUACAACACCACUGAUGAAUCUUAUUAUCCAAUCUGCAGGAAGUGCUUCUUUAAAUGUCAGAACUCCAACUAG